CUCUAGAUCUAGUAUUAUACAGCCCUACCUCGCUACUCUUCCUCUAAAUAUUCACUGUCGUGUACUACUAAUAAUGGUCAAGCUCACUUCUAUCGUCAGCCUCCUUGCGGCUACUCUUGCUACUGUUAGCGCGGCUGCGGACCACCAUCAGGAUAUCGUCACAUUCACUCCAGAGCUGAGCGGCAAGGGGCAGUUCAAGGUCUAUGACAAGCCGGUCACUGUCUCCACUGAUUCGUCUGCCCAGGCCGCCUCCUUUGUUGGCGGCAGCAAGAAGGACUCUGCUGUCAAGUCCAAGGCUGAUAUUGCUGUCGCGUAUCUGGCCAAGAACCACAAGAUCCCGGCCGAGAACAUCAAGAUCACCGAUGCCUACACCGACGCUCGCUCGGGCAUUACCCACGUCUAUGCCCGCCAGACCAACGGUGGUGUUGAUGUCGCCAACGGUCUUGCCAAUGUCAACGUUGACUCCAAGGGCCGCAUCAUCUCGUCCAGCCAUUCAUUCGCUUCGACUGAUGCCCUGGGCAAGGUCAAGCGCUCCAACGGCUCCCUUGUUGCGCGUGCCAGCGACGAUGCCUCGCUGAAGACCGCAUUCAAGUCGCUGAACGACUACGUCAAGACCGCUGUGUCCGACAGCGAUCUGAACAAGAUCACUGUCGCGUCGACCUCGAACUUUGUCAGUGGCGAGCCUCAGUUCACCAUUACCAACGUGCCUUCAGCUUCGGCUGUUGACGGCUCGGCCACUGCCAAGAAGGCGCUGAUCCAGAAGGCUGACGGAUCCCUGGCGCAUGUCUGGGAGAUCACCCUGAAGCAGGAUAGCCACUGGUGGAGCGCCCACGUCAACCAGGACACUGGCAGCGUCGAGGCUAUCCAUGACUGGGUAUCGCAUGCCGAGUCGUACAACGUCUACCCGCGCAAUGUAAACGACCCCCUGGAGGGUAGCCGCUCGGUCGUGUCGAGCCCAGCCAACACUAAUGCUAGCCCUAAGGGCUGGGUUACUGGUACCACCACCACUGGCAACAACGUCUGGGCGCAGAACAACCCCACCGGUGGCAGCACGUGGCAGACCAACUACCGUCCGAACUCCACCAACGGCGCCUUCGACUUCCCUCUGGACCUGACCAAGGCGCCAUCGUCCUAUAUUGACUCUGCUAUUACGCAGUUGUUCUACACUGUCAACACCGUGCACGAUCUGUCGUACCUCUAUGGAUUCGAUGAGGCUGCUGGUAACUUCCAGGAUGUGAACUACAGCGGCAAGGGAGUUGGUGGCGACUACGUUAUUGCCUACGCUCAGGAUGGAUCCGGUACCGAUAACGCCAACUUUGCCACUCCUCCAGAUGGCCAGCACGGUGUCAUGCGCAUGUACACCUGGACUCAGACCAACCCGAACCGCGAUGGCGAUUUUGAGCAGGACAUUGUCGCCCACGAGUUCACCCACGGUAUCUCGAACCGUCUGACUGGUGGCCCAGCCAACUCCAACUGCCUGGGCAGUGGUGAGCCUGGAGGUAUGGGCGAGGGAUGGAGUGACACUGUUGCCAACCUUCUGCGUAUCAAGUCUGGAGACACCCGCUCGCGCAACCUUGUCCUCGGCGAGUAUUCAAACGGCAGCGGUAUCCGUAACUACCCAUACUCGACGAGCCUGACCACCAACCCCUCGACAUACUCGUAUCUUGACAAGUCGGGCUACAAUGGAGUCCAUGCUAUCGGUGAGGUCUGGGCUGAGAUUCUGUACGAGGUUAUCUGGAACCUCAUUGAUGCCAACGGUAUUGCCGCGGAUCUGUUCUCGCAUGAUCUGACCAAGGGUAACUCCAUCGCGCUCCAGAUUAUCCUUGACGGUAUGAAGCUGCAGCCGUGCAAGCCCACGUUCCUUAACGCCCGCGAUGCCAUUAUCCAGGCCGACCAGAACCUGACUGGUGGCAAGAACAAGUGCGCCAUCUGGAAGGGCUUUGCCAAGCGCGGUCUUGGAGUCAAGGCUGUUGUUAAGAGCCGUCGCCACAUCGACGACUUCACUGUUCCCAGCGGAUGCUAGACAGCAUCGCUAUAUAGACCAUAGCUUCAACUACUGAAGCAAGUUUUCCAAUUCCAAAAUACACUUUAUUGGAAUGAUA